CGGGGGCGCCUCGGCUGCCGCCUUCCGGGAGCUGUCCGCACCCUCGCACCUAGCGCGCUUUGGUGCAACUUUGCCGGCGCGACUUCUACCCCGGCCCCGCCCCAGGGUGGGGGCUGCGAGGCUGCCGACCCCCCGGGACCGCCUUUGCUUCGCCGCCCUGUGCCCCGCGCUGCCAGCACCGCCGCUCCGCUCCCGGCCCCGCUCCCGGCCCGGCUCGGGCCAAUUCGAGCCCCGGAGUCCGGGUUGCGCCGCUCGCAGCUCCGCCGGCUGAGAGUCCGCGGCUGAGGGCUCCGCGCGCACCAGCCCCUGGCAACAGUCGUCUGCUCUAGAGGAAACUAAAAUAUCUGUGGACUAGAUCUUAUGAACUUAAAGUCUAGUCUGUGGACUAGACCAGAUGAACUUAAAGAAGCUAGCCUGGGAUUUUUAGUGUUUCAAGAUCUAAUCACUCCAACCCCAGGGUCCAGGCUGUCUCCGGUUUUAUAAGGACAUAGGGAAACUCUGAUGAUGGAAAAACAAAGGACUUAACUACUCGCUUCCGUAUCAUCUAAUGUCAGCUGAAGAGUGAACCAGACAGAAGGACAGCCAUGGAGAGAAACUCAAGUCUGUGGACGAACCUGAUAGAUGAGCACCCAGUCUGCAUCACCUGGAAACAGGAGGCCGAAGGAGCCAUUUAUCAUCUUGCCAGUAUUUUAUUCGUCGUAGGUUUCAUGGGCGGCAGUGGAUUCUUCGGGCUCCUUUACGUCUUCAGUUUGCUGGGCUUGGGUUUUCUCUGCUCUGCCAUCUGGGCUUGGGUCGAUGUCUGCGCGGCCGACAUAUAUUCCUGGAAUUUCGUGCUGUUCGUCAUCUGUUUCAUGCAGUUCGUUCACAUUGCGUAUCAAGUGUGCAGCAUAACUUUUUCCCGAGAAUUCCAGCUGUUGUACAGCUCCCUUUUCCAGCCUCUGGGGACCUCGUUGCCCGUCUUCAGAACAAUUGCUCUGAGCUCUGAAGUGGUGACUUUGGAAAAGGAACACUGUUACGCCAUGCAGGGGAAGACCUCCAUUGAUAAACUCUCCCUGCUAGUUUCGGGGAGGAUCAGAGUGACCGUUGAUGGCGAAUUUCUGCAUUACAUUUUCCCCUUCCAGUUCCUGGAUUCGCCUGAAUGGGACUCACUGAGACCCACAGAGGAAGGCAUCUUUCAGGUAACCCUCACAGCAGAAACUGAUUGUCGCUAUGUGUCUUGGAGGAGAAAGAAAUUGUAUUUGCUCUUCGCUCAGCAUCGUUACAUCUCCCGCCUGUUUUCAGUUUUAAUUGGCAGUGACAUUGCAGAUAAACUCUAUGCCUUGAAUGACAGGGUAUAUACAGGAAAAACAUACCACUACGAUAUUCGGUUACCCAACUUCUAUCAAAUGUCAAGUCCAAAAAUACGCAAAUCACCCCUGACAGAACAUUUCCGGAAUUCCAAACGGGGUUGUGAUAAGUGAUAUCAGACUCGGAAGUUUUAUAAUCAUAGAAAAGACCCUCUUUGUCAUUCCCCAAAUGAAAUACAGAAAAUUGCACUCACUAUUAUUUUUAUAAAUCAAACUCCGAGGCAAGAUGCCACUGCCAGCUGUUUGACUCAUCUCAGCUUCUGCAUAGUGAAUAAAGUUUACAAAUUUCUCUGUAUUUCUUAUUGGAAUAAAUGGGGAGGGGGAAAUGAAUAACUGUGCGCAGUUUCUCCUUUUCUGUGUCAGAACUGGAAGAAUGGAAUAUUGUGUUCUCAAAUAUUUCCUCAGAUCUAUUCAAAUCUGAUGUCCUGCCCUAUUGAGUUGGACACUGCUUCUCAAGCAGCAGCCAGAAAGUGCUCUCAGCAUGAGAGUGGGCUGUGACUGUCCACAUCAGUGUUUCCAGAACUGACUUUUGGCCACAACCUCUGAAAAAAGCAAGGUGGAUUACUGUGGUAGGCAGCAAUUAUUUAUUUUAAAUGUGAAGUUGUUUACUAUGACUAGAAAGUAGAAUAAAUGCGAGAGAUGAUCUGUC